GCCGGAACCCAACGCCCCAGGCCGCGGCCCCGGGGGGCCGCGAGUUCGCGCAACGCCGCACCCGCGUGACCCGCUCGCAGCUUCCGGCACGCGCGGAGAAUGUGGCCGCUGCGCGGGGCACCUCGGGCCCGGGCCCUGGCCCUGGCCCGCUGCCGGGGAGCCCGGGCUCUCAGCAGAGACGGGGGCGUCUCCUACACUCAAGGUCAGAGCCCCGAGCCCCGGACGCGCGAGUACUUCUACUACGUGGAUCAUCAGGGCCAGCUUUUCCUGGAUGACUCCAAAAUGAAGAACUUCACCACCUGCUUCAAAGACCUGCAGUUCCUGGUCACCUUCUUCUCGCGCCUGAGACUCAACCGCAGCGGGCGCUACGAGGCCGCUUUCCCCUUCCUCUCGCCCUGCGGCCGGGAGCGCAACUUCCUGCGCUGCGAAGACCGGCCCGUGGUCUUCACGCACCUGCUGUCCGUGGGCCCGGGACCCCCGCGGCUCUCCUACUGCGGCGGCGGGGAGGCCCUGGCCGUGCCCUUCGAGCCCGAGCGCCUGCUGCCCCUGGCCGCCAACGGGCGCCUGUACCAUCCGGCGCCGGAGCGCGCGGGCGGCGUGGGCCUGGUGAGCUCGGCGCUGGCCUUCGAGCUGAGCGCCUGCUUCGAGUACGCGCGCGGGGAGCCCGCGCAGCCCUCGCAUGUGCGCUGGCAGGGCCGCCGCCUGGCGCUCACGAUGGACCUGGCCCCUCUGCUCGCCGCUCAGCGGCCCUGACCCGCGCCCCCGCGCCUCCGCGCCCCCCGCGCCGCUGCGCACGCGCCCCGACCGAGCGCGCGUGCGCGCCGGAGCCCGCGCCCCGCCCCGCCCCCGCGCCGCUGUCCGAGGUGCUGCCGCGGCCCCGUCGGACGCGGGCGGCGGGCGGAGGGGCGGUGGGACCCCGGGCGGGGUCGCGGGCCCGGGCUGAGCCCAGCCUGCGACCGCGGGCCUCCGAGCUGCCCCACGCUGACCGCGGCUGGCCCGGCCGCGUGAGGGCUUCGGCGCGCGUGCGCAAGCGGCACCAGCUCCUCCCCGCGCGGCGCUGCUAGCUGGCGGGGCCACAGGGGGCUCGGCGGGGAGCGGCGGCGCGGGAGCGUCAGGUGAGCUGGCGCGCGACCCAAGGUCGGCGGGGGCGGGGGCGGGGGCGGCGGGACCACGCCCGGACACGAACAGGCUGGGGACCGAUCAGCGCUAUGGUGGGAUGCGGGGCACAUCAUAGGCGACCGCGCGCUGCGGCGUCACGGGGCUCCCUCCCCUCGCCUCCACGUCCCCACCCGGCCCCCGACGCCCCGGGACUGACAGCGGCCGUCCACAAUACCCAGCAGAAUUAGGGGGAACCCUCUGGGUUAAAGGAUCCGGGAACUGGCCUCCCCUUCGCCCUGGCCCGGCCCCUCCCUCUGUACACGGACGUGAGUGUGAAUGGCCGUGCCCAGUCCCGAAGAGCGUGCCCGUUCCUUCCCCUCCGGAGGGAGAGUCCCUGCCAUCAGGCGGGGGAGGAGAACCCCUCGGCAGCCUCUGCUCAGGAACUGGAACCCGGGCCCAGAGCAUGUUCCCAGCUUCUGGAGAAUAUCACACAUCCUGAGAUACCUGGGUCUUCUGCCUGGGUCAACACUAUCGCAUUAAAACUUUUGCUGGACCUGA